AUGCAUGCACAAGUUCGCGGACUACUUCCAGCAGAGCGACAUGGAGUCAACCCGAACGCCAAGCUGCACAUCAACGACUAUAACAUUGAGUCCACCGGCGCGAAGGCCACAACGAUGCAGAACCUUGUCAAGUCGCUCCAGGUCGACGGAGUGCCCAUCGACGGCAUCGGCAUGGAGUCGUACUUCAUCGUCGGCGAGGUGACGACCACGCACGUGGAGAACUUCCAGGUGUUCGCCGCGCUCGGCGUCAAGAUCGCCAUCACGGAGCUCGACAUCCGCAUGACGCUCCCCGAGACGGCCGCCCUGCUCGAACAGCAAGCUCGUCACCAACGGUGGCCAGCACGUCGACUACCAGACCGGGCCACCGGCGCUUGCGACGUUCGCUGCGACCGCGCUGGUGCCAUCGUCUUUACGCUGAUCGACUUCGGAGACGUCCCGUCACCGCUCAAUAAGGUUGUGUUCUACAUCCAGCUAUUCGCAGUCGACUACGGGGUCAACUCGCAUAUCACGACCUACUCCCUCGCGAUCCUGAGAGCAGGCAGCACGCUCGGGCGGUUCUUCCCGACCUUUCUCGCGGACAAGCUCGGCGUGUAUAACAUGCUCGUGCCCGCCAUGGUAGCCUGUGCGGGGCUCAUCUUCGCGAUGUUCGGCGCAACAAAUGGGCUGGGUGUCGUCCCCAUCAGGUCGAUAUUCGGGUUCGCGUUGGGUCGGGCGCGUCUGUGUAGGAAUAUGGGAGAGCUCGGCGUGAAAAUGGGGCUCGCAUAUACGUUCGUGGCGGCUGCAAACCUGAUCCGGAACCCCAUUGCAGGCGCCCUGCUCGGCACCAGUACGGGCAGGCCGUCGACGUGGUGGCAUGCUCUAGUGUUCACCGGGACACACUGGCGAGAAUGGAACAGGGAUUGA